UUCCGUUACUUUCUGCGGGGAUUGAACCUUACUGGGUCGGUGAAGGUGAGUAGGUUUGAGAGCUUUGAGUCCGAGCCCAGAGCAGUUUCUUGCUUUGCGUCUUGCAGAUCUUGCACCGACCUUUGCUGCGCCCCCACCAAGGACGGCAGACUCGGGGUGUUCGCUGGCAGAGAGGAUCCCAAGAUGGCUGGGCGCAAGCUCACUCUAAAAGCCAUUGACUGGGUAGCUUUUGGACAGAUCAUACCCGCAAACCAAAAGGCUGUGGCUAAUUCUCUGAAGUCUUGGAAUGAGUCCCUCAGCUCCAGGUUGGCUGCUCUGUCUGAGAAACCACCAGCGAUCGACUGGGCCUACUACAAGGCCAAUGUGGCCAAGGCAGGCUUGGUGGAUGAGUUUGAAAAGAAGUUUAAUGCCCUGAAAGUUCCUGUGCCAGAGGAUAAAUAUACUGCCCUGGUGGAUGCUGAAGAAAAGGAAGAUGUGAAAAGUUGUGCUGAGUUCGUGUCUCUCUCAAAGGCCCGGAUUGUCGAAUAUGAGAAACAGCUGGAGAAGAUGAACAACAUCAUCCCAUUUGAUCAGAUGACCAUUGAGGAUUUGAAUGAAGUCUUCCCAGAAACCAAAUUAGAUAAGAAGAAGUAUCCCUAUUGGCCUCAUCAGCCAAUUGAGAACUUAUGAAAUUGAAUCGUGGAGAGAGCUCUGGCCCUUACAUGACAAAUUCUGGAUGUUAAGAAUUAAAAAGGUAUAAUUCUGGGUA